UGUUAUUAUCGGAUUUGCCGAGUGGACGGAGUAGCCUGAAAACUGGAGUACCAGUAUAAAUGUGCAAUGGGGUCCCAGUAAGCCGUUUUGGGAUAGAUGUUAGGAUAAACUAGGCUUAGCUGAAGCAAAGUGGCGCUUGACGUGUGUAGCGAAGGCAGCAGCUUCGUGUAUCUGCUGGUGUUGGCUAGUUCGCUGUAGCUGCGGAGCCCUGCAGACUUCGGGCCGAUUAACCCGGAGUUCACGUUUAAGUGUUUUCAUAACGGCGAGUAGUUGUUAUUUCGUACAUGUUGUAUGAGAGCGGUGCAGCUUUACUUAGAUUGUUAUGUAGCAGUGUGCAAUCUUCCUGGGCCGCAGAGACUUGUGUUCUGUAAACAGACUGUGAUCACUAAGUUCUGAUGCUGGUCAUUACAUUUAAAGCAUUUAUCUGAUCAUUAGCUGGGAGGUCUGGUAAAGGUUUGCAUCCUGUAGCUAAAAUGACGGUUACCACGAAGACAAAAACCUACAAGCUUGUAGUCCACAAGAAGGGCUUUGGAGGGAGUGAUGAUGAGCUGAUGAUGAACCUAAAGGUGUUCCCUCAGGUUAAACUGGGUGACAUCAUCGAGAUUGCGCACCCCAACAAUGAAUACAGCCCUCUUCUUCUCCAAGUCAGAAGUUUGAAGGAAGACUUGCAGAAAGAGACGAUCAGUGUGGACCAGACUGUUGCUCAGGCCUUCAAGUUGCGCGCAUAUCAGGACGUCAUUAUUAACAUCGUGGACCCUAAGGAUGUGACCCUUGAUCUUGUGGAGCUCACCUUCAAAGACCAGUACAUCGGGCGAGGAGACAUGUGGAGACUCAAGAAGAGCCUGGUGAGCACAUGUGCAUAUGUGACACAGAAAGUGGAGUUUGCAGGGAUCAGGGCCCAGGCGAGUGAGCUGUGGGUGAAAGGGGAAAAGGUCACAUGUGGCUACAUCAGCGAGGACACACGGGUGGUGUUCCGCUCCACCUCAGCUAUGGUCUACAUCUUCAUCCAGAUGAGCUGUGAGAUGUGGGACUUUGAUAUCUAUGGCGACCUCUAUUUUGAAAAAGCCGUUAAUGGAUUCCUCUCAGAUCUGUUUGCUAAGUGGAAAGAGAGAAACUGCAGCCAUGAGGUGACAGUGGUGUUGUUCUCACGUACCUUCUACACCGCUAAAUCUCUGGAUGAGUUUCCUGAGAGCCAGAGGGGGUCAGUUCGGCAGGAUCAUGAGGGACGCUUCUAUGAGGAUUUCUACCGGGUCGUGGCACAGAACGAGAGACGUGAAGAGUGGACGUCUCUGCUGGUUACCAUCAAAAAGCUCUUCAUUCAGUACCCUGUGCUGGUGCACCUUAAAGGAGCAGAUGGUUUUCCCUGUGGCCAGAACUCCACUGCUGCUCAGGGGAACUAUCUGGAAGCCAUCAACCUGUCCUUUAACGUCUUUGACAAGCAUUACAUCAACCGCAACUUUGACCGCACUGGCCAAAUGUCGGUGGUCAUCACACCAGGAGUGGGCGUGUUCGAGGUGGACCGCCUUCUCAUGAUCCUCACCAAGCAGCGCAUGAUUGACAACGGUAUUGGUGUGGACCUGGUGUGUAUGGGAGAACAGCCCCUCCACGCUGUUCCACUCUUUAAGCUGCACAACCGCUCCCUACCUGGAGACUCAAGGCUAGACGACUACAACCUGCCCCACUGGAUCAACCACAGCUUCUACACAUCGAAGAGCCAGGGCUUAUGCAACAGUUUCACUCCUCGAAUCAAACUCGCCAGUCGAAAGGUUCAUGCUGAGAAGAACAGCAAAGAUCACUCUCUUGGGGCUCCCAAGGAUUCUGAGAACAGCCUUCCCAUCCAGGUGGACUACGAUGCCCACGACGCGCAGGUCUUCAGACUUCCUGGACCGUCAAGAGCCCAGAGGAGCACCAACUUCAGGUCAGGGAGAGACAGGGAUGCGGCCACCAGGAAAAGCUGGGGCUCAGCAGAGGUGAGCGGGACGGCUGCCGGCUGCUCUCCCCCUGUGCGUCCAGCAGGGGGCAGCGAGGAGCAGCGGAGUCUGGCGUCCGAUGACAGCCUGGGCCACGUCUCCAACAUCCUGCCCAUCCCACGACAGGUGCAGGCACAGGGCCAGUACGAGGUCAGCAGCUCCCUUGGCUACACCAGCUGCACCAGAGAGCUGUUGGAGAGGAUGGUGGGGUCCCAGCGGGACUCGAGCGCCCCGGGCCGGUUCACGGUGGGCAGUGCUGAGUCUAGCCUGCAUGUGCGGCCCGGGGGCUACACGCCCCAGAGGGCACUCAUCAACCCCUUCACCCCGUCACGUAUGCCCAUGAAGCUCACGUCCAACCGCCGCCGAUGGAUGCACACAUUCCCUGUGGGCCCGUCCGGCGAGGCCAUCCAGAUCCAUCACCAGACCCGGCAGAACAUGGCCGAACUGCAGGGCAGCGAGCGACGAGACCCUGCCCACACCUCAGCAGAACUGCUGGAACUGGCCUAUCACGAGGCCACAGGCAGGCGAACAGCCUUGCGUCAGACUGGAGAGAAUGGGCUGUAUAUUAGCGGAGGGCCCGACGACCUCUCUGGUAGUCCAGCCAGCAGCAAUAGUACAGGUACACCCAUGAACCGUAGCUCUUCCGAAGAAUAUUCUAGUAGCCCAGACCCAAUCCUGCAGCUGUCUGCACCCCCGACAGUGCCUAGUUUCUGCUGUACGGUUGGGGUGGACUGGAAGUCUCUGACCACGCCUGCCUGUCUCCCUCUCACCACCGACUACUUCCCCGACCGGCAGGCCCUGCAGAAUGACUACACAGAGGGCUGCUAUGACCUGCUCCCCCACACAGACCUGGAGAGGCGUGAUGAUGACGCUCCCAUAAUGACUGCGCCGCGCGUGUUUGAGGAGUUCAUCUGUCAGAGGCUGAUGCAGGGCUAUCAAAUCAUCGUCCAGCCCAACAACAGGAAAGCCCCCCCACCGUAGCCCCCGCCUCUUAGCAGUAGCCCCCUCUAUUCCCGAGGCCUGGUGGCUAGGCGGAAAGCAGAAGAGGAGGAGAGUCUGUACUGGUUGAGCAUGGGCCGAACCUUCCAUAAAGUCUGUCUGAAAGACAAGAUCAUCACCGUCACCCGUUACCUGCCCAAGUAUCCAUAUGAGUCAACACAGAUCCAGUACAGUUACAGUCUGUGCCCCCCCCACGCCGGCGGCUGCUUCCUGCCAUGCUGGGUGGAGUUCAGUCAUGAGCGUCUGGAGGAGUACAAGUGGAACUACCUGGACCAGUACAUCUGCUCUGCCGGCUCGGAGGACUUUAGUCUUAUCGACUCACUGAAGUUUUGGCGCACCCGCUUCCUGUUGCUGCCCGUGGGCGGGGCCAAGCGAGUGGCAGAUGGUGAGGGCCACUGGGACGUGUAUGGGGACGGGCCGGGGGCGGGUCGAGAUGGAUCAUCGGAGUGCACCCUUCUUGAUGGGUUCAUCCGCUUCCUGGAGGGACUGAACAGGAUCCGCAGACGGCAUCGAUCUGAUCGCAUUAUCCGGAAAAGCGCGAGUAUGAAAGGCCUGCAGGUGACGGGCCCACUGUCUCCUUACACCCCAGAGCCUAUAGCGCCCCCCCUGGUCAAGAAGGGUGCUUCAGCCCUCUCCACACUGCUGGAGCUGGACCAGACCAACAAAUCUUUGGAGGAGCAGGUUGUGGCUCAGCAUGGGGUGGGUAAACCUGGCACCCCCUUCAGCGACGCUGCCACCGUUGCCAUGGCAACCACCUGCGUAGACAGUCCUCGGAAGGAAGCUGCCUUCAUGUUGGAUUUUAUUCGUAGCCCUCGUUCCUCUCAGAUGCUUGCUGAGUUACCUGUUGCCAAUCCUGCUGAUUCUGGGUUAAUGGACAAAGGAGGGAGCCAACCAAGUGAGAGGACAGCUGGGGGUGGAGCUACAGGAGACCCAGGCUUGGCCAGUACCACUGACACAGGGGGACAGCAGGGCUGUCCGAGUCUGUCAUCGUCUUCCACUCUGCUGGAGAUUCUGGAGGCCAUCAAACACCCAGUCACUGGAGUGCAGUUGUUGUCGGAGCACAAGGGUCUGCCACCCAGCUGUUUCAUAAGCUCUGAUGUGGUACACUGGCUGGUGCACACAGUGGAGAAUGUGUCCACGCAGGGUGUUGCCGUGGAGAUCAUGCAGAAAAUGCAGGAUGAAGGUCUGAUUUCUCACGCGUCAGGUGACGCCAUGCGAACCUUCAUCUAUGGUUUCUACCUCUACCGGAUUGUAGACAAGGAGAGUGAGAAGGGCCCCACCGCCCAGCUGCCACCAGGGGGCACUAGCGUGUGGUCGACCGCGGCGCUGGAGGACUUCGCGCUCUUCCAGAGGAAGUGGUUCGAGGUGGCAUUUGUGGUGGAGGAGCGGCGGCCCUGCGACCUGCCGUCGUUCCUGUUGCCAUGGCUACCCAGCCGGCCGGCAUCGUACGCAAGUAGGCACAGCUCCUUCAGCCGCAGCUUCGGAGGACGCAGCCAGGCCGCCGCCCUGCUAGCCUCUUCAGUUCCUGAGCAGAAGACGGUCACCUUGGAUGUGGACGUCAACAACCGCAGCGACCGCACAGAAUGGUGUAGCUGCUAUUACCACGGCAACUUCUCACUCAACUCAUCUUUUGAAAUCAAACUGCACUGGAUGGCUGUCACAGCAGCUGUGCUCUUCGAGAUGGUCCAGGGCUGGCACAGGAAGGCGGCGUCGUGUGGUUUCCUCCUGGUGCCUGUGCUGGAGGUGCCGUUUGCUCUACCCUCCUACCUGUAUGGUGACCCUCUGCGCGCUCAGCUCUUCAUCCCCCUGAACAUCCAGAGUCUGCUCCGCGAGGCCACCGACAACCUCUUCGAAGGGUUUGAACCGGAGACAUACUGGGACAGGAUGCAGCUCUUCCAGGAGGCUAUUCUCUACAGGUUUGGGUUUGUCCAGGACAAGUUUUCUGCAUCAAACUUCAACUUCCCUGCUGAAAACAAGCCACAGUACAUUCAUGUCACAGGGACGGUCUUCUUGCAGUUGCCCUAUUCUAAGAGGAAGUACUCAAGCAGUCAGCAGCGCAGACGCCGGAACUCUGGCUCGUCGGCCUGCCAGGGCCUGUUUGGCGGUGAGGAGAGGGUGGGCUACUACUGGGCCUACAACACCAUGCUGACAAAAGCGUGGCGCACCAGCCUGCUGGGCGACGAGAAGCUGGCUGAUCGCCUCCUCCGAGACUUCACCGACUUCUGCUCCAACAAGGACAACCGCCUGGUUGCCUUCUGGGACAGCUGUGUGGAGAAAAUGAACUCCAGUGCCCCCUGACAGAGCUACCAAGAGAGGAGGCGGGGAGGGGAGUGAUGGAAAGGCACACUGCAGGGGCUUGGGACUUGGUAUGAGGACAGAGUUUUGCUUUGGUUGAGAACUGCUGCUGUUGGCUUAACUCCUCCGUAGGGACGUGUGUGAGGUCCCGGUGCACGGAUCUCUGUUUCUCUUAAUAAUGAGAUAAUGGCUAACAGGCUGGCUGUGGGGACCAAUCAGGAGUGGCCUCAGUCAGUAUGUGAGUUCACGAGUGCCGCUUUAAUAUCUAAAGUACCGCCUAGAAAAAUAAAGAACUAAUUGAACAUC